AUGGCCGCGCGUCCCGGGCCGCUGUGGCUCGUGGGUCUGGCGCUGUGCGCGCUGAGCGGCGGUGGCCCCGGCCCGCGUCCCCCCGCCGGCUGCCCCGUCCGCCGCCUGGGCCCGCGCGAGCGCCGCGACAUGCAGCGCGAGAUCCUGGCUGUGCUGGGGCUGCCCGGGCGGCCCCGGCCCCGCGCGCCGCCCGCCGCCGCCCGGCUGCCCGCGUCGGCGCCGCUCUUCAUGCUGGACCUGUACCACGCCAUGGCCGACGACGACGACGAGGACGGCGGCCCCCCGGAGUGGCCCCCGGGCCGCGCCGACCUGGUGAUGAGCUUCGUCAACAUGGUGGAGCGUGACCGCACCCUGGGCUACCAGGAGCCCCACUGGAAGGAGUUCCGCUUCGACCUGACCCAGAUCCCAGAGGGCGAGGCGGUCACCGCCGCCGAGUUCCGGAUUUACAAGCUGGCCGGCGCCCACCUGCUCAACAGGACCCUGCACGUCAGCGUGUUCCAGGUGGUCAGGGAGCAGUCCAACAGGGAGUCUGACUUGUUGUUUUUGGAUCUUCAGACGCUCCGAGCUGGGGACGAGGGCUGGCUGGUGCUGGACGUGACAGCAGCCAGUGACCGCUGGUUGUUGAGCCGGAACAAGGACCUGGCACUCCGCCUCUAUGUGGAAACGGACGACGGGCACAGCGUGGAUCCUGGCCAGGCCGGUCUGCUGGGGCGACAGGCGCCACGCUCCAAGCAGCCUUUCCUGGUCACCUUUUUCAGGGCAAACCCCAGUCCCAUCCGAGCCCCUCGGGCAGCCAGGCCCCUGAAGAGGAGGCUGCCGAAGAAAACCAAUGAGCUGCCGCAGGCAAACAGACUCCCAGGGAUUUUUGACGAUGUUCACGGCGCCCACAGCCGGCAGGUUUGCCGGCGGCAUGAGCUCUACGUCAGCUUCCAGGACCUCGGCUGGCUGGACUGGGUCAUUGCCCCCCAAGGAUACUCGGCCUAUUACUGUGAGGGGGAGUGCUCGUUCCCGCUGGAUUCGUGCAUGAACGCAACCAACCACGCCAUCCUGCAGUCCCUGGUGCACCUGAUGAAGCCAGAUGCAGUCCCCAAGGCGUGCUGCGCCCCCACCAAGCUGAGCGCCACCUCCGUGCUCUACUACGACAGCAGCAACAAUGUCAUCCUGCGCAAGCACCGCAACAUGGUGGUCCGGGCCUGCGGCUGCCACUGAGGCCAGUGCCUGCCACGGGGGGCCCCCACCCAGGACAGGCCCCUCUCCAGAGCCAGGAAACCCUCAAACCCAGCCAGACUUCCAGCGGGUUGGCCCUCACAGAUCAAUGUAUCUGUGCUCCUCUCUCCUUCCUGCCAGGCCUGGAUCUUUUCCAGGCCCUUCUGCCCCCUUCCUUGCCUGAGGUUUGUGACAGUCUCUUGGCCUCCAGGCCUGGUGGUCUGAGUCAUCAAGCAGGUUCUCUCCCAGCGGCCGCCUCCAAAAGCAGGUGCUGCCCAACAUUUUGCAUUUGGAACAAAAGUCUGAGGACCUAUUCUUGUCCAUUGCUGGCCCAGGCUUCGGGUAAUAUGGGGUGAACUGAGAAGCACCUGGGGCACCAAAUGGCUACCUCGGGCUCUUCACGGUUCAUUUCAGGGCAUGGAUAUGUGUAGACAUGGUCUAGUCCACCUCCGGUUGCCUGCCCCUCCCAGGCAUUUUCUGGGCACUUUUGUUAGAAUGUGGACUUGCCUCACUGUUGUGUCGUUGAGGAUCUGAACGAUCAGCCUGCUGGGAGGCAUGUGGGUCAACUCAAGAAUGAGCUGGAUGAACAACAUGAUGUAGGGCAAAGGCCAAUGGCAUCUGUCUCCCCCCAUCUUCCUGCCUUGAUCUGCCUCUGCUGUCUGGGGAAGAAGUGCCAGGCAUGGACAUUUGACCUUUGUAGAAACAAAAAAUUUGGAGGGCCUCAUUCGCCUGUCUGUCGCCACGUUGAAUCAUGAGGAGCUUAGCUCCCUGGAGAAGUUACCUUUUUAUUGAGCCUAGCAGGUGGAUACAUUGGGUGGUCCAGGAGGACAACACUCAGCACAGAUGACAUCAUUCCGCUUUCCCUUUGGCUGGCAAACAUCAAUCACCAAACUUGAUAUUUUUUCUUUCCAAACCUGUAUAGAAUUUCAAAAUGAUCCAUAUUAAAACUCUACACGGCACUGCCAAGAGAUCAGAGUUGACACGUGAAGUAAAAACUGUUCGCCAUCUUCUGGCGUGCUAAGGAGCGAUCCCUUUCAUCCACAGCCACACCUCUGUGACCCUGGGCAGCCUGUGGCCAGGGCUAGGGCCUCCCAGCACCUGCUUAUGUCCAGAAGUUGUCAGAAACAGGCUAUCAUAAUCUGCACCACCCUGUACGCCCUGGAGCGCCGUCCUGUUUCUCAAGACCUGUGAGCCAAAGAAAAGGCCCCUGUCCCAGGGGAGUGACAGGUAGUAAUGUGGCUGGCCCUGGGUGGGGAGGUUCCCGGAAACCACUGUUCUCCUUGGAGCAGCCACCGCAGGCGGCUGGGCUGUUUAUUUGAUUUCUGACUUACUAAGCCUGUAAUUUACCUGCUGGCGCAGAGUCCAGCUGCCCAAACUCUCAAAUACUGUCAUUAAAAGCAGUUCGUGGGGCUGCCCCACCCCACAGGCACAGCCCAGCUGAGGUGGAGCCCCCCCAUGUGCCCAAGGAUGAGUCCUUCAGCAGUCAUUCCACACCCCGAGGAGGGGCCUGGGACAGCAGGUGUGGACGCUGGGGCCCUGCUGCAGGACAGAGGCCCCUCCACAGGGAUUGGGAGGCGAGUCUGGAGUGAGCACAGAGGGAGACUCUCCCUGUACACAGAGGUUGGGCCCAGACUCUUGACAAAGUGGUGAGUUCCCCAUCAGUGCAGGGAUCUAAACUCUGGCUUAGAGGUUAGGAGACCAGACCCAUAGGUGGCUUCUCCCUCUGGGCCUCAUUUUCCAUCUGUACCUGAAGGC